AGCUUUCCCAGCCUAAGGACAGUGAUGCUGUGGUGGGAGAGGAGGAGGGAGCAGCCGACCACUGCAAGUCCCUGCCUGAAUAAUUUGCCAAGUAGUGUGGGCUGCUGUGCGUGCGUUGGGAAAAGCUGGUGUGAGUACAUCUGGGGAAUUCCAGGAGCCAUCCCGCGCCGCAGCCGCCGCUAUUCCCUGCCCUCUCCCUGUUCCCUCCUCCUCCUGGCGUCACCCUUGGACACGCGAAUAACAACUAAAGCUCUGUCUCGGGGCUUCUCAAUCCCGAAUGAGCGGCAGCGUCUGUGUUGCUCCGGAGGAUGCAAUAAGCAGCCGGGAGUGGGAAAUCCUGCCGGGAAUCCCUGCCUGCCUGCCUUUCCUCCUGCCCACCACGGGAACAUGAAGGCUGCCUGUCUCCAGACGCUGCUGUGGGCCCUGUGCCUGGUGGUGACCCUGGCUGGAGGGCAACCCAGAGCACCUGUGAAGUGUUCACUAGAGUGCAAAAAUUCUACAAAGAAGAUACCAGAGAAGCUGAUCAGGAGGUACUACGAGAUGGACCCCAGAUGCAGACAGAAUACCAUUGUAUUUGUUACUGUGAAGGAUAAGGAGAUUUGCGUAGAUUCAAAUGAAGGCUGGGUGAAGGAGAUCAAAGACAAACUGGACGGGAAAAGUGCCACAGUGAUGCCACCACGUGGUGUCACCUCAGCAGAAGAGCCCGGCAGCAUCGAGAGACACGUUGGUCUUCCACAACUGCCUCCAUCUCAAACCACUGCUCCAGCUGGUUUCUCCCAAGGGACUGGAACAACACUCAGGGAGAGAGAACAUGCUCCUGCUGCCACCACAGAGGUGUCCAGCAAGCCACCCCUGGGCAAGCAGGAGCCUUCCCAGCUCCCUGCAGGAUCCAGCCCCAUGACACAGGAGGAGGCUAUGCACCCUGGGGUCACUCCAGAAGCCAAGGGAGAGACCUCAAAUUCUCCUGCUGCAGCAGGCCUGGGCUCCAGGCAGCCCACCCCACAUCCCACUGGUCAACACACAGCUGCUCCUAACUCCAAUUCAGACUUGAUGGCUGCUGCCAGAGGAUCAAUCCAACCUCUACUGGCUGCCAAUGGACCCCUGGACCCCACAGGAGCCAGAGCCAACACACCAGACACUGCUUCCAGCAGUUCUGGGUCAGAUCUCCCCUCCGUCUGGGACAGUAUGAGGACCACAACAGUCACAGAGACAGCACCACAGAUUGCUUCAGUGUCUACUCUGAGCUCCACCACUGCCACAGGCAAAGCUGCUUCUGUCCAUACCAACAGGGUUGUUGGUCCCUCUGCAGGGACAACAGCAUUUGAUCAUUCAUUGCCUGUAGGGAAGCAAGAGCCUUCAGACACAGGAGUUUUUACUCACCAGGCACUGUCAAGCCAAGCCAGAGUGCAGAUGAUCACAGUCAGGCCAAACAAUCUGCCUCUGCCCAGCUUCCUGUCAAAAUCUCAAAUGCACUUUGUCAUCCCAGUUUCUGUGGUUUGUGGACUGAUGGUUAGCAGCGUUGUUCUUGUGUGGUUGUAUCUGAAAUUUGGAGUCAAACCAGAAGAAACAUCAAGAGAAAUGGUGCAGGGCUUGCUCUACCAGCAGGCAGGACAUCAAGACAAUGUCUAUCCAAUGGAAGUAAUAUGAAUGCUUCAUGGCAUGGACAUUUCUGUUUGAGUGUUGCUCCAGAAAAGCUGUUCAUGCUGAACCUGGUGACCAGUAGGAAACAAGCCUGGGAAUAAAAAUCACAGAGAAAACUGAUUUUUUGGUAGAGCAGAAUGCCCAAUAAUACAUCUACUUCAUCAUUGACCAGUCACAGUGUUUUGGAAAUAAGGGAGACACUUCUUUUCUACUGGCAGUGCUCUGUACAAAGGCUGUGGCUGUUCUCCUGCUGUUGCUGGCUCUUUGCCAGCUGAUAUGAUUUUCUAAGUCACUCUUGGGAAUUUUUCUGAGGUUCAUUGUGGCCCAGGCAAGAAGCCACUCACCCACCCACACUGCUGGACUUGGGCUCAGCCACCUGGAGCAAUCUUAGCACCAAACCCACACAAUUUGCACUUAAACUCUCUGCUGCUUCUUUCUUUGCACUUCAGGUCUCUGCUCUGCCAGACCAAGACUGGAGCUGGUGGCCAGCUGGGUGCUGGCUCUGCCUGGGCUGAUGGAAUUUACUCUCAUCAUUUUCUCUUGCUGGAGGCACAAGGGGUAGCCCAGCUUUCCAGAAAUAGUUGACCAACACUGCAUCUGAUCAGGGGACUGAAGGUCAGUGCUACAGAUCUAUUCAGAGAAGCUGGCAAUCCAGUCUGUCUCCUUGAAAUCAAGCCCUUCCUUUUAGCAGCUCUGGGUGAUUCUUCUUGCAGAUGAAUUCUGAGAGCUGGUUCUCGGCAAAUCAAUGCAAUAAAUCCCUUCUGCCAGCUGAUGCACCUUGUGCCCAGCUGCAUCCAUCACCAGGGCAGGAAAAUGCUGAUGAAUCUUCACAAAUGGGAGAAAUCAAGAAGCCACCCAAUAAUUUUGCUAUUCCUGUGUUAUCAUUGGAACAUUUUUGCUCUUCUCUGCAAGCACAAAACCCAGGAAAUGUGGAGCUAAAGGCAAUUCUGGAUGUAGUAAUGAAAAAAUUACCACAGCAGACAUUCUUUUGAUCCCAUUUUCUCUCUAGAAAUAAGCACAUUUGCUGAUCCACA